AUGUCUCCAAGUGCUCUGAUCGAGAUCGUGGGCUACAACCCUGAUCGCAUUAAAAUUGGCUGGAAAUGUGUGGACUGCCCUGAUCCGGGUACUAUUAAGGUCUGCCUCAAGAAGGGCAGCAACCCGUGGUUGGUUGCCAUUCAGCCCGCGAACACGCGUAUCGCCGUCAAAAGCCUGUUGAUAAAUGAUAAAGCAAGCCAAAUGCUAGAAAGAGCCUACUACUACAUUGAGAGCGUCGACGAGGUGCCGUUUAACAGCGUUAAGGUGGAUAUUACAUCCGUUACUGGUAAAAUCGUCUCGGGUACGUACUCAUUGAGCAUCGGCAAAUGCGCCGACACAAUGCAGCAAUUUUAA